GACCGUGUCCCGGCUUCAGCGGGUGAAGAUGCAGGACCCUGAACUUAUUGCAAAAACACUGCGAGCUGUUCUCCAUCCCUUCAAAAAUGGAGUACCUUUGUCAGAGCUUCAGGGUGAAUACAAAUCCUUGACCGGUGAGUGGAUUCCCUUUAGGCACCUAGGAUAUGGCACGCUGGAAGCCUACUUGGCAAGCAUCCCAGGAGUGGUCAGAAUGGAAGGGAACAAAAUGGGAGAGGUCAUCUGCCAUGCUGUUGCUUGCAGUGAGACUAUGCAAAUUGCCCAGCUGGUGGCCAGGCAGAGGAGCUCCAAGAGGAAAAUGGGACGGCAGGUGAACUGCCAGAUGAGGCUGAAGAACACAUCUCCAGUUGCAUUAGCAGGAAAGCCCAAAGGAACGUUGCGCCAGCCCAGGCCUUUGGGCAUGUCAGAAGAAGGCAGCAGGAGGCCUGUCCCUCGCCAGUCACGAGGCAGAGGACUGCCCUAUGGAGUGGUGAAACCCAGUGUGGAAAGUGCACGGUCUGCCUUGCCCCCAGCUGCUGAGAGUGCACCACCUAAAGAAAUCCCCAUGCAGAGGCAUGUCACUGUGGUGAACAGGUCUGAGAAGAAACUAACUGUCCCGUCACGAUUUCAAAAGGAGUUGCAAGUCCAUCUCUCCAGAAGCUCUUCCUUAGGUUCAAAUGAAAACUUGAAUGCCUCCCCUGGGAAGACACACACCACUGCCUCGGGCCCUUCUGCUGCCCGUGUUGAUGAGGUUCAAAGUCGCAUCGCGGAGAUUCUGAGCAAGUGCAGCAGUGGUGUCUGGAUGUCAAAGAUUCCACAGAUAUACCGGGAAAUGUACUGGGAGGAGCUCAGCACAGCAGUGCUCCAUCAGCUUGAGAACUGGCCUCAUGUCUGCACAGUGGAGAAAGUACAUCGGGGUGAUCAGAUGGACGGGCUUCUUUACCCUCCUAAGAAAGGAGUAUCAAAAAGUGAUACACCAGUAUCAAAAAGUGAUACACCAGAGCCAGAAAAGGCAUCUCAGAAUGUUACUUCUUCAAAAGCAGACCCUUUGUUAAAACCAAAUGUGGAGACCACACCUGCAUCACUUAGUAGUGACUUCAAGCAGAAAGUUGUUAACAUCUUGCUGAAGUAUUCCAAUGGUCUUUGGGCUAAUGCCCUUCCCAAGCUGUACCAAGAUACUUACCAAGCAAAAUUUCCAGAAGACAUUCUAAAUAACCUUGACCUGCUCUCAGAUGUCUGUGUAGUGGACUAUGUCUCUGAAGUCCCCAGGAAGGCCAUCCUGUAUGCCAAACCCCCAAGACACACUGCUGAAAACCAGAAUGCCACUGAAAAAGUCCAGAGGCAUGGCAGUGUGAAGGCCACAGCUGAGCAGCAGCAUGAAGAAGCCAAGGACCAGUAUCCAGAGAAUGUAACUGUUCCUCCUCUAAUCAUUCCAUCAGAAGGAUCUGUGUCUGUCAUAGUGUUAGAACUGAAGAACACUAACGAGGUCCUCAUUAGGUAUGUGGGCAAAGAUUAUUCUUCAGCCCAGGAACAAAUGGAAGAUGACAUGAAAGCUUACUAUAGUCAGAAUAGCACAGUGUCAGUAGCUCAUUCCCUGAGUGUUGGGCAACUGGUUGCAGUACACGCUGAAGAAGACGCUUGGUUGCGUGCUCGGAUAAUAUCUCUAGAAGACAACAAAAUAAAGGUGUGCUAUGUUGAUCAUGGCUUCAGUGAGCUUGUUGAAAGCAACAGUGUGUACAAACUACAGAAACAGUUCACUACUCUUCCAUUUCAAGCUGCAAAAUGUAAACUGGCAGGACUGGAAGUUUUCUGUGAUGAUCCUGUCCUGGUAAAGGCUGUGGAAUCACAGACAUGCUCCAAUAUAUUUGCUGUGGAAAUACUGGAGAGGGGUGAUAUUCCUCUUCUUGUGCUCUAUGACACGUCAGGAGAAGAUGAUAUCAACAUCAACGCUACUUGUCUGAAGGCAUUGUAUGACAAGUCCCUUGAACUGCACUUAAAGGUAGACACACUCUACACAAACGUCAGAGUCACCAGUGUUUUCUCUGAUGGAAGCCUGUAUUGCCAAGUUCCCUCUAAAGGCUUGUCCAGACUCUCUGAAGUCUUGCAGAAACUAGAAGACUUCUUCCAUUACAAGCAGACAUCUGAAUUUAAUGUAUCACUGCCUUUCUGUGGCAAAAUCUGCUUGUUUUCUUCCAAAGGGAAGUUGGCACGUGUGGAGAUAAGAAUAAUACACACUAGACGAGCACUUGAUGUGCAGUUCAUGGAUACUGGAACAGUUGCAACUGUAAAAGUGUCAGAACUUAGAGAAAUCCCACCACAGUUCCUCAGAGAAGUAAUUGCAAUACCUCCUCAGGCUGUAAAAUGCUGCCUAGCAGAUUUACCACCUAACACUGGCAUGUGGACUCCAGAUGCUGUGCUGUGCCUGAGAGACACUGUAAUGAAUUGUCCUGAGUUUAGCAUGAAGCUGGUCAAACAGGACGGGUCGAAGGGGAUCGCUCACAUCUACCUGUUCCCUCCGGGGAAUUUCUCAGACGCGGAUCACAGCAUCAACCAACAGAUCAAAAAUGCAGACUUGUGGAAGCACCAGAAGGAUGUUUUCUUGAGUGUUACCCCCAGUGGGACUAGCUCCACAAAAGUGACGAGUGACACUGUCUCAGCUCUGCAGUUUGCCAGUGGAAAAUCAGAAAAGAGCCUCUCUGAUUCAGUUAGAGAACCCAGCAGUGUGGCAGCUACCCUUGAUAUGCCUCCACCUCUGCCCUUGUCAAAGACUGGUGAGCUCAUGGAUGUCUAUGUCUCAGUAGCCUGCCAUCCAGGUCACUUCAUUGUCCAGCCUUGGAAAGAGCUACAUAAUCUGGAAGCCCUAAUGGAAGAAAUGAUCUUGUACUACAGCAGGGCAGAAGAGAAACCUGUGAACAUUGAAAAAAACAAGCUGUACGCAGCUAAAAUUGGAAGUCAGUGGUACAGGGUCAUAAUAAAAGGAAUUCUUAGAAAUGGGUUUUUGUCAGUGUAUGAGGUGGACUAUGGCAAACAUGAGUUUAUCAGCGUGGAGAAAGUCCAGCCACUUAUGGACACAUUCAGAAAACUUCCUUUCCAAGCUAUAACAGCUCAGCUUGCAGGAGUGAAAAGCCAGCAGUGGUCAGAAGAGGCAUCCAUAGUGUUUCGGAAUCUUGUAGAGAAGAAGCCCUUGGUGGCACAGAUAGAGGCAGUUAAUGAGAGCACUAACUCCUGGGAUCGAAAAAUAGUCACUUUCCUUGUGGACACCUCUCUGCCAGAAACAGAUAUCUGGAUUCAUGAUUUUGUGUCUCAGAGUCUGGUGGAGUUUUCAAAGGAUGAUUAAUCUCCCGCUUCUGAAACGUAGCAGCUCAGAUCCCUUAGCAAUAUAAAACGAGUCACGAGCUUUGGAGAUAAAUAUAACCACUACUACAUGGCCUUGGAGACAAAUGGUGAUAUUAUAUAGAGGAGAAAAAAAAUCCUCUAUUCUGUGAAAAAG